AUGCCUCUCGGAGCAGCUGGGGACCAGCGGUUGGAACUGCUGGUUUUGGACGACUUCGACGUCGACCGCUUCGUGUCCGACUGCAGGAAGCGCGUGCAGCUGGAAGAGCUGAGGGAGGACCUGGAGCUCUACUACCGGCUCCUCAAAACGGCCAUGGUGGAGCUCAUCAACCAGGACUACGCGGACUUCGUCAACCUCUCCACCAACCUGGUCGGUGUGGACAAAGCCCUCAGCCAGCUCUCCGUGCCUUUGGGACAGCUGCGGGAAGAGGUCCUGAGUCUCAGGGCGUCCGUCAGUGAGGGGAUCCGGGCAGUAGAUGAGCGGAUAUCUAAACAGGAGGACAUCAGAGAAAAGAAGAUGUGUGUGUUGAGGCUUAUACAAGUUAUUCGAUCAGUUGAGAAGAUUGAGAAGAUCUUAAAUUCUCAAAGUUCUAAAGAAACAUCUGCACUAGAAGUACACAGCGCACUGGCGACCGGACAAGUGCUGGAGCGGGUCGCGGCCGAGUUCAACCAGCUGCAGUUCCACGCCGUGCAGAGCAAGGGCCUGCCCCUCCUGGACAGAGUGCGGCCGCGCGUGGCUGGCAUCACGGCCAUGCUGCAGCGCUCGCUGGAGGGCCUCCUGCUCGAGGGUCUCCGCGCCUCGGACGUGGACGUCGUCCGGCACUGCCUGCGCACCUACGCCACCAUCGACAAGACACGCGACGCCGAGGCGCUGGUCGGGCAGGUGCUGGUGAAGCCGUACCUGGACCAGGUGAUCGUGGAGCAGGUUGUUGAGUCUCGCCCCGACGGCCUACAGCUCAUGUACGGCAAACUCCUGGAGUUUGUCCCCCACCACUGCCGCCUGCUUCGAGAGGUCACGGGCGGGGCCAUCUCAAGUGAAAAAGGCAACACGGUCCCCGGAUACGAUUUUUUGGUGAAUUCUGUCUGGCCAGAGAUAGUCCGAGCAUUGGAAGAACACUUGCCCUCGCUUUUCAACCCCGGGAACCCCGACGCCUUCCACGAGAAAUACACCGUAAGCAUGGACUUCGUGAGAGCGUUCGAACGGCAGUGUGGGUCCCAGGCCAGCGUAAAGAGGCUGAGAGCACAUCCCGCCUACCUCGGCUUCCACAGCAAGUGGAACCUGCCCGUUUAUUUUCAGAUAAGGUUUAGAGAAAUAGCCGGGUCCUUAGAGGCAGCGCUUACGGAUGCUCUAGAAGAUGCUCCAGCUGGCAGCUCCUUCUGCCUCCUGGCCUCCCAUGCGACCUGGAGCAGCCUGCAGGGCUGCUGGUCGGACACGCUGUUCCUGCCGUCGCUGGCUCAUCGCCUGUGGAGGCUCACGCUGCAGAUCCUGGCGCGGUUCUCGGUGUUCGUCCACGAGGUGAGGCUGACGGGAGUUAAACGUGCGUUGGGCAGAAUGCGUGGGCUUCUAGAAGGCCAUGCCGUCACGAGAGGUUGCUUGGGGGCAGCAGCGGGCUCGCUCACCUGCACCAGCUUCCCUUCGCGGUUUCCCUUUACUCUGGUGGGCGUCACCUCGCGGGGCGUUCACGGCUCGCGGUCAGUGCUUGGCCACGUCGGGAACCCCCACACCGACAUGCUCAACCCAGAGUCGGCGAGCUCGCAGGACAAGUCUCGGGCUCUUCACCUGCUGCCCCACAGCCUGUCGGCCGAAGCCCGGACCGUGAUCGCCCGCACGGGUGCCCCUCGCCGAGGCGUUCUCCCUGAAGCCACUGGCGUCGCCGUUCACGAGCGCGUUCUGGAGCGCGUGGCUGCGGAAGACUCGCCUUGCCGGGCCCUGGCGGCCUGCGAGCCGGCGCUGAGCAGCCGGGUCGUCCAGGACCUGAGCGAGUCCUGCUUCAGCUCCCUGAGGAGUGCGCUGGACGUGCCGCGGCUCUACCGAAGAACCAAUAAGGAGGUGCCGACGGCGGCGUCCCCUUACGUGGACAGCGCCCUGAAGCCGUUGCACCAGCUCCAGAGCGAGCACGGGGGACAGCUCGGGCAGGCCACGCUCCGGCGGUGGCUGGAAGACGCGCUCUCCGCCAGCACGCACAGGUACUACGAGACCGUGUCGGACGUCCUGCAGUCCGUCAGGAAGGUGGAGGAGAGCCUGAAGCGGCUGAAGCAGGCCCGGAAGACCGCCCCCGCCCACGCCGGCGGGCCCGGCGGCGGCAUGAGCGACGAUGACAAGAUCAGGCUGCAGCUGGCCUUGGACGUGGAGCACUUGGGAGAGCAGAUACGGAAGAUGGGCCUGCGGACACAGGACAUCAAAAGCUUUCCCGCUCUCGCUGAGCUGGUCGCUGGGGCCAAGGACCAGACCACGGCAGAGCAGCCUUAGGCAUCGGGGGUCCGUGGGGACAGGCAAGUUGGACGUCCCCAGCCUCCCAGCCUCUGCAGCAGAGAAGUGCGCCCUGUAGUCUCCAGCAAGGCCCGGGCGGCUCAGCCCCCGUAGUUGGGUCUUUUACCCAAAAGGGACACUAAAGCCUUUUUCCGUUGUAUGGAAGAUACUUUUUACAAGACGUUUGAAACUUUCUACUGUAGUUUACAAAGCAAAUUAUUUUAUUUUUGUUGCAAGUCUUACUGGGAAGAGCUAAUCUGUAAAAUACGAUCGAGGCACAUGUAUAGUACGCACGGCACACGAGGAGUGUCCUCCCCGACCGGCGGCCGGAGCCCGGAUGGCAGGGGGCGGCCACGCUGGACUGGGGACGGGCGACAGCUCGUUAGAGACUUGGCGGACGAGGCCGCGAGGCAUGGGUUCUCGCUCUGCCGGUCGGCGUCGAGACAGUGCUGCGUCACGCUCGUCACCCGGGCCGUGGGGAGCGAGAGCCAAUCGGAAGGGUUUGUUUUCUAAAUACAAGUCGAGUCCUCUGGA